UUUCUGAACUUAAUAUAAUCAAAAUUUGGGUUAAAUCAGUUUAUUAGUAUACAGUACACUGCACACCAGUCAAAAGAAACAGUAAUUCAACGAAAUAUGUUUUGGUAACUUGUUUCACAUGUUUCUCUGUCAACCCUGAUUCUAAAAUCAGUAGGAUGGUCAAAACUCAAAACAAUUGAAUCACUGAAUAAAUUUACGUAGUUAGCCAUAGAUGUCUCUGCUUCAGACUAGAGCUUCUCAGAAAUGUUAAGGCCAGGAACAAGGGAAACGUGUUCUUUGUUCCAUAUAGAAUAACCUUAAAUUAGAUCGUUGUGACUUGUGUGUAACUGAAUCCACUUAAAAAUUUCAAAUUCUUAAAAUAAGCUAUAGUUAGAGACUGUGUCUUUCUUUGCUGUAGUAUUUUCUCAUUUUCACACGAGAAAGUUGGUAAGCUUAAAAUUCUUUGAAAAAGUCUUAAAAAGAAUAGGAAACAUUCGUCAAGUUUUGUCUGAAAAGUCUGAGAAACAAUAGUGAAAUUGUAAGACUUUGGAUGAAACCGGCCAACAAAAUUCACUUGUAUGGCCGUGAUUUAGACAAGUUACCAAGAGAGGAAUGUCCUAGAAGCAGUUAAUGUUUUUAUAUAAAUCACCAAGACUUUAUGUGUGACGUACGCCUCACUACUUCUCCUCUGAUUUUAUUAUUACUGUCUCACUCGCCUAAAUUUUUGUUUGUAGCUUCCUACUCUCACUCUAUCUCUCUAUGGUUUGUUCGUCUUCUUCUUCUCUCAAUUGGGUAUAUGAUGUUUUCUUGAGCUUCAGAGGGGAAGACGUCCGCGUAUCUUUCCGUAGCCACUUUCUCAAAGAGCUCGAUCGUAAAUUGAUCACUGCUUUCAAAGACAAUGAGAUUAAGAAAAGCCACUCCCUCUGGCCCGAGCUUGUACAAGCGAUCAAGGAAUCCAGGAUCGCGGUGGUCGUUUUCUCUAAAAACUACGCUUCUUCAAGCUGGUGUCUUAACGAGUUGCUGGAGAUCGUGAAUUGCAAUGAUAAGAUUGUCAUACCAGUUUUCUACGGUGUGGAUCCUUCGCAUGUGAGGAAUCAAACCGGUGACUUUGGAAGGAUCUUUGAAGAGACUUGCGAGAAAAAUACAGAGCAAGUGAAAAAUCGAUGGAAGAAAGCGUUGAGUGAUGUAGCUAAUAUGUUUGGAUUUCAUUCUGCGACUUGGGACGACGAAGCAAAAAUGAUUGAAGAAAUAGCCAAUGAUGUUUUGGGUAAACUGCUUUUAACUACAUCAAAGGAUUUUGUAAACUUUGUUGGCAUCGAAGAUCAUAUCGCUGAAAUGAGUUUACUGCUGCAAUUGGAAUCUGAGGAAGUGAGAAUGGUUGGUAUAUGGGGUUCCUCAGGGAUUGGUAAGACUACCAUCGCAAGAGCUCUGUUUAACCAACUUUCUCGGAAUUUCCAAGUUAGCAAAUUCAUAGAUAAAGCUUUUGUAUAUAAGAGUAGAGAAAUUUAUAGUGGAGCCAAUCCGGACGACUACAACAUGAAGUUACAUUUACAAGAGAGUUUCCUCUCUGAAAGUCUGAGGAUGGAGGACAUAAAGAUAGAUCAUCUAGGAGUACUAGGAGAGAGGCUACAACACCAGAAAGUUCUUAUCAUCGUUGAUGAUUUGGAUGGCCAAGUGAUCUUAGAUUCCUUGGUGGGUCAAACUCAAUGGUUUGGAAGUGGGAGCAGAAUCAUUGUGGUUACAAAUGAUAAGCAUUUCUUAAGGGCUCAUAGGAUUGAUCAUAUUUAUGAAGUUACUUUCCCAACUGAAGUGCAAGGUUUUCAGAUGUUAUGUCAAUCUGCAUUCAGACAAAACUAUGCACCUGAAGGUUUUGGGAAGCUUGUGGUUGAUGUUGCAAGACAUGCGGGCCGUCUUCCUUUGGGUCUUAAUGUUUUGGGUUCGUAUUUGCGGGGGAGAGAUAAGGAGUACUGGAUAGAUAUGCUGCCAAGGCUUCAGAAUGGUCUAGACGAUAAAAUUGAGAAAAUACUAAGAAUCAGCUAUGAUGGGUUAGUUAGCGCAGAAGAUCAAGCGACAUUUCGUCAUAUCGCAUGUCUUUUCAAUCAUAUGGAAGUCACAACCAUCAAGUCAUUGCUUGGAGAUAGUGAUGUCAGUAUUGCACUGCAAAACCUAGCUGAUAAGUCCCUUAUUCAUGUCAGACAAGGCUAUGUGGUGAUGCACCGUUCACUACAAGAAAUGGGCAGAAAAAUUGUUCGCACGCAGUUCAUUGAUAAGCCUGGAAAACAAGAAUUUCUGGUGGAUCCAAAUGAUAUUUGUUACGUACUCAGGGAAGGCAUUGGUACUAAAAAGGUGCUAGGUAUAUCAUUCAAUACAAGUGAGAUUGAUGAGUUGCAUAUACAUGAGAGUGCCUUCACAGGGAUGCGUAAUCUCCGUUUCUUGGAUAUUGAUUCUUCAAAGAACUUUCGAAAAAAAGAAAGAUUGCACUUACCUGAAAGUUUCGACUAUUUGCCACCUACACUCAAACUAUUGUGCUGGUCCAAAUAUCCAAUGAGCGGUAUGCCUUCUAAUUUUCGUCCUGAUAACCUUGUCAAGCUCAGAAUGCGAAAGAGCAAGCUACAUAAGUUGUGGGAAGGAGUUGUGUCAUUUACAUGUCUAAAGGAAAUGGAUAUGUUGGGAUCUAAAUACCUGAAAGAAAUUCCAGAUCUUUCCAUGGCUACUAAUCUCGAGACACUUUGUUUUCGGAAUUGCGAGAGUUUGGUGGAGCUUUCUUCCUCUAUACGAAAUCUCAAUAAACUAUUGAGAUUGGACAUGGGAAUGUGCAAAACUCUGACAAUUCUUCCGACUGGCUUCAACCUCAAAUCUCUCGACCACCUCAACUUAGGAUCUUGCUCGGAGUUGAGGACUUUUCCCGAAUUAUCAACCAACGUAUCAGAUCUCUAUUUGUUUGGAACAAACAUUGAAGAAUUCCCUUCUAAUUUACAUCUCAAGAAUCUCGUUAGUCUUACAAUAUCGAAAAAAAAUAAUGAUGGGAAACAAUGGGAAGGAGUGAAGCCGUUUACGCCCUUCAUGGCGAUGUUGUCUCCCACUUUGACACAUUUGUGGCUCGAUAGUAUCCCAAGUUUGGUGGAGCUUCCUUCCUCAUUUCAGAAUCUCAAUCAACUAAAGAAGUUGACCAUCCGAAACUGCAGAAAUCUGAAGACUCUGCCCACCGGAAUCAACCUCCUAUCUCUCGAUGACCUUGAUUUCAAUGGAUGCCAACAGUUGAGGAGCUUUCCUGAAAUCUCAACCAACAUCUUACGGCUAGAAUUAGAAGAAACAGCGAUUGAAGAGGUUCCUUGGUGGAUCGAGAAAUUCUCCAACCUCACUAGGCUAAUUAUGGGAGAUUGCAGCAGGCUAAAAUGUGUAUCCCUAAACAUUUCUAAACUAAAACAUCUUGGGGAAGUUAGCUUUUCAAAUUGUGCGGCAUUGACUAGAGUUGAUUUGAGUGGCUAUCCAAGUUUGAUGGAGAUGAUGGAAGUCGACAAUAUUUCCGAGGAGGCCUCCUCUUCUCUUCCUGAUAGUUGUGUUCACAAAGUCGAUCUCAAUUUCAUGGACUGCUUCAACUUGGAUCCAGAAACUGUCCUUGACCAACAAUCAAAUAUUUUCAACUUAAUGGUAUUUUCAGGGGAAGAAGUGCCAUCAUAUUUCACUUACCGUACUAUCGGAAUCUCCUCUCUGACCAUCCCUCUACUUAACGUCCCUCCCUCCCAACCAUUCUUCAGAUUUAGGGUUGGGGCAGUGUUACCUGUUGUUGACAGUGGAAUAAAAAUCAAGGUAAACUGUGAAUUCAAAGGAAGAUUUUGGAACAACUUUUAUGUUGGCUUUGAUUUCAUUGUUGGGGUACAUUAUAGCAACACGGAGGGUAGUCAUAUGUUAGCUAUAUUGGACUAUCAUAUCCCUCUAAACGAAGAUAAUUCUGCUCCUCUAGCUCAAGGGAACUACGAUCACGUGGAUAUGGAAAUUAAUACAUCCUAUUGUUAUGGUAAUUCUUCUGGGUGUGUGUUAAAAGGAUGGGGUAUACGGCUCUUAGAGGACUGUUCAUCACCGGAAAACAACCAACUUGGUAAUCCAAUCACGCAUCCACAUGUCUGUGAAGACAAUAUACUUGUGAAGUCUGGAGACACCAAUAUAGAGACAGAGAGAAGCAGGAAGCGAAUGUGGGCAAGCAUUAAGCAUGUAAUGAACAUAAUAUGCGGAAAUCGACUUGGUGAUCAAACCAGUCUUCCACAUGUUUGUGAAGCCGAAGAUGACAAUAUGGGGUACACGCCUCUUCAAAGACUUGUUUAUGAGACUGAACACAUUGAAGAGUCUGGAGACGGCAAUGUCGAGACAGAGAGAAGCAGGAAGCGAAUGCGGCUACACGACUUCAUAUAAGUAACAAAAGGGACUCUACGUUGAGAUUAAGGCACUCUUCCAACUGCAUGUGAAGCUGAUGAAAGACGAUAUGUUUAAUAGGAGUAAACACAGUGAAAACUGUGGAAGGACAGAGAGAAUCAGGUUUUGCCAGUUAUAUGGAACAGCAACAAUAAGGAGGAGACAUGCAGAGAGUUUUCAGGUAACUAGUUUAAAAAUGAAGAGUCUAAUGAAUCAUUUUUGAACAAUUUAUGAGAUUUUAAGUAACCUGAAAAAUCUCUGCAUAGCACCUGAAAAACUAUACAAAAGUCAUAAGAAACAGAGUAAUGAAAUAAGGGUAGCUUCUUGCAUACGCUUUCUUCGCAAUCGCAACCCUAAAUCCAAAAUAAAUUAAUUGGUCAACACAAUUAAUCUGCAUAUCUUGGCUGAAGGGAUCUACAACAAAAACAGGAAAUGAAUUGUUUCUCAUCCGUCCGACUAUUGUAUAUAGCUAGCUAGUGUGGGAGUUUAUUUUUCUUUUGUAAACUCAAUUUGAUAAGCCUAUUCAAUAAUAUUUUGAGGACUUUUUCUGAAUUAAAUACAUAUAUCUAGGAUUUGAUCGAAUCCUGUCUC